AUGAGCACUUCUCUCUCAAGCUCUUCAACACAGCAUGCAAUUCCUUCGUCGAUAUCAAUCCAUUCCCAUCCUAAUCCUAACUCAGAUCAAAAGCCAUCAAUGUACCUACAGGACAAGGAAGAGGUGAAAAAGGUGUUCAAUCACUUCGACGCCAACGGCGACGGCAAGAUCUCAACGACGGAGCUCGUAUUAGUCAUGAAAGCUCUCCAAUCCAACACAUCGGAAGACGAAGUGAGGCAGAUGAUGGAGGAGCUCGACGCUGACCUCGACGGCUUCAUUAGUCUCGAAGAGUUUGCUAGUUUUUGCAAGGGUCGCGAUGACACUGCCGGAGCUACCGGAGACAACGGCGGUCUAGCAGGGCUGAAGGAUGCCUUCGAGUUGUAUGAUCAGGACAAGAAUAGAGUGAUCUCAUCUUUGAGAUUGAUGAGAGAGAGAACGAGAGAAAAGAGCAGUGAGAGAGAGAAAUAG